AUGGCUGAUUCACUGGAGAUUACUAAAACCACAGGCCACUCACGCUCAAUCAGCUUGCCUUCCAGAAGUCACCCUCUCGCAACAGCUGUCGAAGAGCAGCUGCAGAGGUUGAGAUCAUCAGAUGCAACUUCCUCAUCUCCGGCCUCAUCAGCACCCCAAAAGUUAGGAGGCCUUAAUGAUCUGUACGACUGCAUUGAUGAUUGGCUUCAGAUGCCUCUAACCCAGCAGGCUCUUUCCCAUGAACACCAUAGGAGUUCUAUGGAAGAGUUGUUGGAUGGUUCUGUGAAGCUAUUGGAUGUCUGUGGGAACGUAAGAGAUAUUUUUUCACAUACAAAGGAAUGCAUCCAGGAACUCGAGUCAUCAUUCCGGAGAAGGAGAGGAGGGGGUUCUGAAAAGGCAAGUGAAGUUGAGACAUACAUCAAAUCUAGGAAAAAAUUGCAGAAAAUGGUCGCAAAACUUUUGGAUCAUUUGAAGAAGAUGGUGAAGAAAAACCACCUGAGAAAACACUCAAAACCUGAGGCUACUCUCAGUGUACUAAGAGAAGCUGAAGAAAUCAGUUUUUCAGUAUUUGAGUCCCUAUUGCAUGUCCUUUCAGGGCCGAGGGAAAGAUUGAAGCCUGUCAGUUGGUCUAUGGUCUCAAAUAUGUUGUCACCUAAACGCAUAUCAUGUGAUGAGAAAGCAGAAUACGACCAAAUCCAAGGCUUGGAUGUCGAAUUGACCAUUUUGAAAUCUGCUAAAGAUGCUAAUCCUCAAGUUGACAAUGUAUCUAAGAGAAUGGAGGCAUUGGAAUUGAGCAUUCGGGAAAUUGAGGAGGACGUGGAAUGCAUAUUCAGGAGACUUGUCAAAACAAGAGCUGGUCUUCUCAAUAUAAUCAACUGCUAG